AUGAGUGACGUUCAAAUGGAAGAUGCUGAACAAGUCUAUGACUUAGAUAAAAUAAAAUUAUUGCCAGGAUCAUCUGAGGAUGGUACUUCAGCUUCAUUUCAAAUAGUUGAUGAAGACCAUACUUUGGGAAAUGCUUUAAGAUAUAUCAUAAUGAAAAACCCUGAAGUUGAAUUCUGUGGUUAUUCUAUUCCUCAUCCUUCAGAAAACAAGUUGAAUAUCAGAAUUCAAACUUAUGGGAAUAUAACUGCCACUGAAGCUUUGCAUUUAGGAUUAGAUAACUUAUCUGAAUUAUGUAAUGUCAUUGAAGAGAAAUUCAAUGAAGCAAUGAAUUAA